GCUGCGAAGUGAGGCAGUUAUACAGGACAGAAGACCACAAUGAAGAUGCUUCUCGCCACCGGAAUCACCAUUCUUUUCUUCGCAUAUGCAUCUUGCCAACGUCAAGAGGGGAAUACUGUUACGUUCAAAUGGCAAAGAAACAUUAACCCAGACGCUAAACCCUUUUACGUAGAGGAACAUGCAAGUGUCUUGAGACCAGGGGUCAUCCUCAUGUCGUCGGAGAGUCCCGCCCUCCACGAGAAGCAGUACCACAGAUCCCAGAGUCUACAUGAUUUCACAAAGGGGAUUCUUGCAAUCAAACACUUGGAUACACGGGGCGGAAGAGGUAUUUGUUUCUUGACACAUCCCGCCAAGACAUUCGAUGAAACAGUGAAGGAUCUUCAGACGAGGGCCGGAAUGGGCGAGGUCGUCCUGGAGGAACCAGAACAUUUCUACAAAGUGCCAUCUAAGGAGUCUGUUCCACGCACUGACAGCAUAUCCGUGAAUAACUUUUGCCGUGGUGCUCCUAUGUACCAAGUUGAAGAAUUUUAUCGCCCCUUCCCACGGGAUUAUCCUUGGAUUAUCAGAACUCUCUGCAUCUACUGGCCUCUUCGGUUCUGGUGGCCGAUUGAUUUUCCCGUAGACUUUGUCCCGACCUUCUACGUGUAAGGGCCUGGUGGUAGAGGCGUUAGCUCAUCCCGCAAAGAGUCUGGGUUCGACACCUUAUGUGAGACCCAUUCUAAGUGACUUCCGCAUGAGGUCGAUGGUAUACACAUUAAAUCUUUUUCACCAUCGACAAUUAAAAUGUUUUGGUUUAAAAUUCUUGUAUUGGUAAGCCCAAAAUAUAAUACAAAGACUAUCACCAAAAACUUUCACCCGAGGGCCAAUACUAUCAACAUAACACUGAAAUUGUUCUAGUAUUAUAAUACUAGUAAAGAGCUAACAUAAAACCUUCAUCAUAAUUUGUUUCAUUAUCAUAAGACAGGGGAAAAUUACAUGGGGGCAGUUGUAACACUGUGUUACAAUUGACCCCGGUGUCCCCUACUCAAUCAUCCAAUAUCGACAGUGGUGGUUCUGUAAGUAAUAGUAAUUAGGAGAUAAACAUCAUGUGUUGGCCAAUUUCCGGGUGUUAUUGAGUAUUUGAAGCAUGGGAAUUCAU